GGCAGUUGUCUGUCUGUGGGGAGCUCCAGCAGCUGGCUAUGGGGAAGGAAGGCGGGGGCAACAGCCGCUUUGCUGUUCUAGCCGCGGAGUCUCCGGCACGUGGGCGUGUUUAUCCAGACGGGGAGGGACCCACGGAGCCAACACCUCCCAGGCGCCGCCUCUGCCCUCCUCCAAGUUUUGUGCGCUUUCCAACAGGCAGGACUCUCCCUGCUGCUGCUGCGGCGGCGGCGGCUCAGCCAGAGCCCAAGCACAGGGCGGGCGGCGGCGGCGGCGACUGGCUGCAGACGCCGCUGCCCGGCAGCAGAGCGCGGCGGGGCGAUGAAGGGGCGGCGGUGGCGCUGGCAGCACCGCCGCCUCGCCCUGCUGCUGGUGCUCUACACGCUGCUGCUGCUGCUCCUGGUGCCCUACGUGCAGGACUACGGGGCCAGGCGGAGGCGCGGGGCGGAGGAGGCGCCGCUGCAGCCCCGCUGCCCCAGCCUGCAGGAGGUGCUGGGCGAGUGGGGCUGGGAGGAGGAGAAGGAGGAGCAGGAGCAGCCGCCGGGGGGCGAGGGGGCGGCGGCUGACGGGAGCGAGGCGGCCGGCGGCGCGAAGCGGCACAUCUACCUGCACGCCACCUGGCGCACGGGCUCCUCCUUCCUGGGGGAGCUGUUCAACCAGCACCCGGACGUCUUCUACCUGUACGAGCCCAUGUGGCACCUGUGGCAGGCCCUGUACCCGGCGGACGCGCUCAGCCUGCAGGGCGCCCUGCGCGACAUGCUCCGCUCACUCUUCCGCUGCGACUUCUCCGUGCUGCGCCUCUACGCCGCCCCGCCCGCGCCCCGGGACCCCCUGGCCCCGGGCGGCGGCAACCUCACCACGGCCGGCCUCUUCGGCUGGCGGACCAACAAAGUGAUUUGCUCGGCCCCGUUCUGCCCGGACGCCCCCCAGCCCCGCCACGAGAUCGGCCUGAUCGACGGCGCCGCCUGCGAGCGGAGCUGCCCGCCGCGGGGGCUGCGGGAGCUGGAGGCCGAGUGCCGCAAGUACCCGGUGGUGGUGAUCAAGGACGUGCGGCUGCUGGAGCUGGGCGCGCUGCUGCCGCUGCUGCGGGAGCCCGGCCUCAACCUGCGGGUCAUCCAGCUCUUCCGCGACCCCCGCGCCGUGCACAACUCCCGCCUCAAGGCCAAGCAGGCGCUGCUGCGGGAGAGCAUCCAGGUGCUGCGGAGCCGGCACCGCGCCGAGCCCCGGGGACUCCCCCACCGGCAGCUCCUGCCCGCGGCCGGGCUGGGCGGCGGCGGGAUCCGGGCGCAGCAGCAGCACCGGGCCGAGUUCUUCCUGAGCGGCGCGCUGGAGGUGAUCUGCCAGGCCUGGCUCCGUGACCUGCUCUUCUCCCGCCGCGCCCCGGCCUGGCUGCGCCGCCGCCACACCCAGCUGCGCUACGAGGACCUGGUGCUGGAGCCCCGCGCCCAGCUGCGCCGCCUGCUGCGCUUCGCCGGCCUGCCCGUCCCGCCGGCCAUGGAGAGCUUCGUGCUCAACAUGACCCGCGGCGCCGCCUACUCCUCCGACCGGCCUUUCCUCAUCUCCGCCCGGGACGCGCGGGAGGCCAUCCACGCCUGGAGGGAGCGGCUCAGCCAGGAGCAGGUGCGCCAGGUGGAGGCCGCCUGCGGCGAAGCCAUGAGCCUCUUGUCCUACCAGCCCAGUGCCGAGCCCGGCGGCGGAGCCCGGGAGGGGGACAGCAGGUAGCGGCCGCCUCCUGGACGGGACAUGCAGCUUGAAGUGCAGACAUUGGAAGGAUGCGUUAUGGUAACAGCCAAGGACUGAAGAAAAAUUCAUCCCUGAAGAGACUACAUUCCACAUCCUUUCAGAACUUCAAUUUAUGCUAACAACUGUACAGUUUUGCAUAGCAGGACACAUUUUAAUCACCUAAAACAGGUGGACACAAUGACUUCAUUUCCAGUAAGGAUAUGACAGUGCAAUAUGGACAACUAUGAACCUCCAAUAUGGAGUGGUUUAUUUUACAGUUUGAAGCUGCCAGUCUGUGGUCAAUUGUAGGUGCUUUUUCUGGCAACAAGGAGACUUAAAUUUUUAAAGUUACUGACGAUACUUGGACAAAUCAUCUACCAUUGCAAAAACUCAGUAUUUGCAAACGUAGUAUUUUACACUUCAGUAUUGUAGCAAAACUUUCACGGAUCUAGGUGGUGAGGUUUUUUUUAAGUGCUCUGCUUCCCCACCCUGUAACUGGGAAUUAUUUUAUCCUAAUACCAGGACUGUGUUUUUAGAGUUCUGACUACAGUAAAUUAUAUAAUAAAUUGUGAAUUUGA